AAAUAUACAUUCUGACCUCCUGGUAAAGAGAUCUAAUUUGUAGACAUUUUUUUGUGUUCUAGGUUAGAGAGGUUUGGUCAGCUUUUGUAUGUGUACUUUGUUAUGGAAGGCGUCAAUAUGCUGCUACCCCAAAAGCCUCUGACAAAAGAUGUUGAUGAUAACAAUGGUGUUCCACAUCCUUCCACCAAUGUUGAUUACCAUCUUAACAUUCUUUUAGCUUCGCAUUUGAGUAACCCAGAUCUGACACCCCAGGAGAUUGCUGAGGCCUCUAGAUCCACUGCUGCUGCUGCUGCUAUAGCUGCAAAGGCCGCCCGUGCUACCGCUUAUGAGAAAGCUGCUGCUGCUGCAAAAGCCGUUGCUGCCGCUAAGACUGCUUUAGAUUUGAUUGCCUCUUUUCCCAACCAGGGUCAGGGACUUGUCCAAGACG